CUAUUAGAAAUUUCCGUGUUCAGUACAGUGGAAUGCAGCCUGGCUCGGCUUUGUUUGGUUUAAAGUUUUCCAGCUUGACAAUAAAACAAAGUCUGGUUGGAUCAUCAGGUGGGAAGAUGGCGGGGGGGCAAGUAAACAAAACUGUGGAUAUUGAAGGUUUGGAAAUUUAUUCUACGACACUCAAAGGAGCUAUUGAGUCAACUAGUUGGAAUGAUGCUGCCUGUUCCACAAUCUGGUCCAGUGAAAGAUCUGAAGGCUUAACACUAGAGCAUUUAUUGCAUCCAUUUGAUGUGACAAUAUCCCUUGUGGUUAAUAGAGCAGGAAAGCUUGAUAAUGACAUGGCACAAUAUUCAAUCAGAGCAGAGAUAACUGGCUUGAAAAUAUCUCUAGAUGAAGUUCAGUUGCAACAGAUACUGAUUCUAUCUGAUUACAUAAGCAUUAGCCGUUUAAGGGAGAAGUACGGACGUUACCGUCCCUCGGGUCACUCCUUGUCAAGAAAACAGACUGGUUGGCAAAUAUUAUGGUGGCACUAUGCACAAGAAUCUGUCCUAUCAGAUGUCCGCAGGAAGUUGAGGAAAACCUCAUGGGGAUACUUAGGACAACGACUGAAUUCUCGCCGGAAGUAUAUUAAUCUAUAUAAGAUUAAACUAGAUUUUCUUCAGCAAGAACAGGCAAUUGAUGAAUUUAUUUUUCGGGAAUUGGAGCAAAUGGAGAAAGAAUUUGAUAUAGAUGAUAUCUUAAAUUAUAGGUCUGCUGCUGAGCGUGAGCUGCAGGAAGUUUUGCCAGACUCGUCAGCUUCAAAUAUGGGAGUGAAUGGUAUCGAUAUCUCUCUUAAGAAGUCACGUAACGAUGAGCGGUUGUUAGGCAGGUCCAGAGGAUGGUUGAAUUGGCUAUCCCGUGGCAUGCUUGGUGCUGGUGGAACAGAUGAUUCUACUCAAUUCUCUGGUGUUGUCUCAGAUGAAGUCGUAAAGGAUAUUUAUGAAGCUACUAAGUUCCAUCCUUCUGUAUUCUCCAGUGGGGUUGUUGAUGCAACUGAUAAGAUGUUCAUAUGCGCAAUCAAGUUAAGCAUAGGUCAAAUUACUGCAGCUCUUUAUAGCAAGUAUUCCAGUCAAAAAAUUGCUGACUUGGAGUUUAAGGAUACGGUUAUAGAGUGCAAACUUUGGGAAGAGUUAGCAGCAAUUAUGUGCUUCAUUAGGUCAGGGAAGAUGGUUUAUCCAUGCAAUGAGAGAUUGGUUCUACAAAUAGGACGGCCCCUUAUAGAGGAAAAACUACAGGAAGAUGAGCUAGCUUCAUGCAGAAUUGAAGUGGAUGUGUCACCAAACCGAGAGGUUGAACUAUCCGUGAAGGUCAUGCUUCAACCACUUGAAGUUAGUUACGAUGUGGAGUUUUUUCUAAAUUUUAUGGAGUUUUUCAAUGUACUAAAGUCCAUUGAAUUUCAGCAGAAAAGGGUCCUUUGGUCAUUUAAUGAAUUUAAAGAUGUCAAGACUCGCUUAUUAUCAAAAUCUGAAUACACUUUAUCAAGUCAGACAAAACUAAGUUGGGAUGUUAGCAUCUUGAAUAUUAUCAUCAAUAUUCCUGGGAGAGAUGCCAUUUCUGGAAAAUAUAACUUGGUUUUGGAGCUGGGAUCUCUGGUUUAUACAUCCAAACAUGGUGCAGAGUCAGUUGUUGCUAAGAUUCAGGAACAAUCGCAUAUCUUCAAACAGUUCUCAAGUUCAACUUUCACCACUAAUUUUUUGACAGACUUUCAAAUUCAAGAUCUUUAUAGUUACUUUUCUGUCGAACUUAAGAAUUUGGAGCUAAAGCUAGAGAUUCCUCAACAGGCUCAAACACUCACUAUCUUGGAGAAGUUUAGUGCUUCCAUCACCUUUGCAUCUUGCAUCAUUUCUGAUGAAUCCAUAUUGAAACAGUUGGAGGUUUACGUAAUUCUACCAUCAAUUGCUGCUAACUUUUCUUUGCCAAUUUAUAAGUCAAUACUGGCAUUGAUAGGGCAUCUAGAUAGCCUUCAUUCAACCACUAGAUCUCUGAUUCCCAGAAACCCAUAUUCACAUAAUGUCAUGUUAAAUCAAGCUUGGGCAUCUGCUGUUGGUUUCUCAAUUACGGCAAAAUUGAAGUCCAUGAGUUUCCAUGUUGACUUGGCAAAAGAUGAGGAAAGUAGUUCUGAACUGACAAUUUUACUUCAAGAAUCAGAUAUUUGUUAUUCUCAUACAGAGUUUGAGGAGUGCUUUGUAUUUACCAAAGCAUUAAAAGUCACUACUUCCCCAUCAAAAGGUGAAAAUGAUAGCUGUAUUCUGCUCUCAUCUGAGAAUCAAUUUGCUUCUGGUACUGCACAUUUUAAAGACUUGGGAUUUGGAAAUAGCAAUCAGGAUAGCAAUUGUAGCGACAAAGAUCUAUCCAGUGAAGGUUCUUUUCAAUUGCAUUAUAAAGGUCAUAAAGGUGUAGAUUUUGUUUUCCAGGAGUAUACAAUCGGAUUGAAUGAUGUCGAUCUCCAUUGCUAUCCCCGUAUAUUUGGGAGGUUGAUUGCGUUUUAUGAAAGAUUAUCAUCAUACGGCACAAGUUCCACUUGUGAUAAAUCCUUUAGCCAUGUGAUGCAUGGAAUAAAUCCAAAUAAAAGGCCUGGUUUUCAGUUUCAUAGGUUUGGUUACUCAAAUUUCUCUGAAACUGGGUCUUCUGACUGUGCCAGUGUUUCUUUGGACUGCUAUCCUUUCAUUACGAUCUCCAACUCUGGGUCUCUUGAUAGCCUUGAGAGUUCACUUUCUCAAUCCAUACCUGACUGGAGGAAAUCAUUUAAGCUAAGGGAUAAUAAAAUCAGAAGUUCAAAAUUCAGUUUAAAGAAGGAAUUUAAAGCUGUUCAUGCCUCACCAGGAAAUUUAUGCGACACAGGUGUUUUUGAUGUUGAUAUCAAUAUUUCUGGAGUAAGAAUUCAUUUCCAUGAUUCCUCUUGUAUUGUUGGAACUGUUACAGUACCUGCCUCUAGAUGUGCACUUCUAAUUUAUGAAGACAGCUUGGAUUUCUUGUGUUCCAUGGAGGGUUUGCUCCUUAAAUCACCAUGGUGGAUUAAAAAUUUGAAAGAUUUUAUUUGGGGCCCCUCAAUAUCAAAUCCUUCUAUUUUAAAUUUACGUGUGAAAAAAGGCCUUUCUGGAUCAGUUACUUCCCAAUUUGAAGUUAGCAUUGGCAUUCAGCAUGUGUACUGCUUUCUACCACCUGAGUAUUUGGCUAUUAUAAUAGGUUAUUUUUCAUCAUCAGAUUGGAGUACAAAUUUGAGUAUGCAGUUAGUUACUGAAAAUUGUGAUUGUAUUGUAACAGAGAAAGGGAACCCAGUUGUUUAUAAGUUUGAGAUAUUGGAUUCCAUUUUGAUUUUGCCUGUGGAGCGAGAUGAUCAUCAGUUUCUAAAAGCAGAACUUCAACAACUGUACUGUAGCAUCAUUCUUAAUUGCUCUCCAGAUGAUGUGUUGGAGGAUAUUCCUUGUGAGUGUAUGGUUCCCACCGAUAAAGUUGCCAAAGCAAAUGACUGUUUAAAUAUUUAUGGUAGAGAUUUAUUUUUAUCACUCCUCUUGUGCAAGGAUGAUGGAUAUGGGUGUUUAAUUCUCAAUGAAGAUAAUGGAUUUAACAAUAUCACACUAAUUGCACCAUUAAGUGCUGAUGUUUGGGUUAGACUUCCUUGUGAAAGUGAACCCUGCCUCAAUAGCUCUUCUGCCUCCACAUGUGUUAUGUCAAGGAUUGCUAAUUGUCAACUUCAUGCUGAUGAUUGCUACACUCUGGAUGGAUUUGAGGCACUAGUGGAUGUCAUAAAUCAGUUCUCUUCAAUUGGCAAUGAAUCCAAAUAUUUCACCUCUGACAUCUUACAAUUUUUUCAGUUGAAGAGAAGUCUGAAGGAGAGCGGUGGAGUACCAACUGUUGCCUCAGGCAUGGUGUUUACAGAAGCUCGAUGUUGUGCCAACUCUCUGUCCGUAAUUUUGUAUCAAUCGAAAAGGGACUCAAUUAUGGAAAAACCAAUUGCCAAGGCUGAUAUGCAACUUAUUUGUUCUGCAUCUUUGAUAAAUGAGACACCCGUAGAGCUGGACUUGAGUUUUUCUUCUUUAGCAAUUCAUUCACUGCCUGAUUCUGUCAUGAUAGCACAAUGUGCUAAUGCUCAUUCAGCUUCAUCAGCUCUUCAUAUAUUUUUCUCAAAUUCUAUUGAAGCUGAAAAUGAGUUUCAUAUCUGUCUUCCUUCUCUCAAUAUUUGGCUACAUGUUUUGGACUCAUCUGCAGUCAUUGGUAUUUAUAAUUAUUAUUCCAAAAGAAUGUCUGAAACUCUAGUAGUGGAAUCAUCGUCAAAAAGUUUGUCUAAAGAUAUGGCUGAUCACACUGAAAAUGCAACAUUUUCUGUCUCUCAAAGUUCUCUUUUAAAGAAUAACUCACCAUUUGAUCAUCCAAACGAGCAUACAAACCAGGAUUCUUUUGUCCUCUCUGUGAGGUCCGAAUGUAUUGGCCUUACAGUUCAUUUUCCCAUCUGGGACAGUCAAUCAGCAGUUUGUGAAAUAGAGACAGCUGAAGUUCAAGAGCAGAGACCUCGAUUUGUUUCCUCUCAUGCUACUGAAGGGAAAAAAUGCAAAUUUAUGGCUGUUACGGCGCAUAGUAGAAAUAGUAGACUAUCCAUGGUUGGUAAAAAUGUGAGAUUGAAAUCUAUUCUCGAGAAAACAAGUGGCACUGUAGGGAUAUGUGAGGACAAGAGCAUUACCACUUGGCCCUUUUUCCAGAUAUCUGAAGUAGAUGUGAUGACUGAGAUUUGUAAUAAUCACAUGAAUAUUGCUGUUAUCAAACUGGAGGUUCAAGUUGAUCGUGUAGAUAUGUGGCUUUCCCAUCAAGUGUUAUGCUUCUGGUAUGGUGUACAGUUUGACAUUCCUGAAACUGGAACUUCUCAAUCUUCAAUUGAAAGCAUGGAUUUGAAACUCCAGUCGAGGAAAGUUUCGCUUCUGAUAUCUGAUGAAAGGUGGAGCUGCGGUGGACCUUUAUUGGAAAUUCUUAUGAGGAACUCUCUGUUACAACUCGCCGUUACUGAAAAUAGUGUUGAUAGCUCAGUGGCAAGUGACCUUGAAGUGAACUACAAUAAUAUACACAAGGUCCUUUGGGAGCCAUUUGUUGAACCUUGGAAGUUUCAGAUUAAUAUGAUUAGAAGACAGAAAAGGAGUGCUCUCCUGAACUGUUCUGGUACGACAGAUAUCCAUCUCUCAUCAACAGCGCCACUGAACUUGAACUGUACAGAAUCUUUUAUUGAGUGUGUUUUCAGGACUGUUGAAAUGGUUAAUGAUGCUUGGCAUCCCACAGGAACAGCUGAUCCUAGUGGAAUUCAGAGAUUCUCAAAUCCUCAGUAUACUGAAUCUAUGAAUAAAGGGAGAUAUGCUCCCUACAUACUUCAAAACUUGACUUCCUUGCCACUAGUAUACCAUGUUUUUCAAGGGCUGGUUAACAUUGAUGAGUUUAAUGCCUCAGAAAUGGUGGAAGGAGAAGCUGUGGAACCAGGUGCUUCUGUUCCUAUUUAUCUUAUGGAGACACCUGAGGAGCAACUCGUCCGAUUCAGAUCUGCUCAGUCUUUUGAUCGGCUCAGUGAGAAGCAAUCAAUCGGAGUUGUUCAUCAUUUUAUGAGCAUUCAACUCGAAGGAAUGUCUCUGCCCUCCUUUCCUAUUUCUAUGGAUCUUGUAGGAGUUACCUGUUUUGAAGUUGAUUUUUCUAAGGCUUCAGAUAAAAUUGAAGUUGAUAAAAAAAAGGAUGUAUCGAAGUACAAUCUAAACAGUGAGGAGAAUCCUAAAUCUCAUACCCAUACUGGUUUUACUGUUCCUGUUGUUUUUGAUGUUUCAGUGCAGCGCUAUAGCAAGUUACUGCGGUUGUACUCAACGGUCAUAUUGUCAAAUGCAACAUCAAUGCCACUGGAGUUAAGGUUUGAUAUUCCAUUUGGAUUAUCCCCAAAGAUCCUAGAUCCAAUAUAUCCUGGACAAGAGGUUCCGCUGCCUUUGCAUUUAGCUGAAGCAGGUCGCUUGAGGUGGCGUCCACUUGGAAGUUCUUACUUGUGGAGCGAAGCGCAUGAUCUUUCAAAUAUUCUUUCUCAGCAAAUGAAGAUUGGAUUCCUUAGAUCUUUUGUUUGUUAUCCAACACAUCCAAGUAGUGAUCCAUUUCGUUGCUGCAUUUCAGUUCAGAAUUUUAGUUUGCCCUCAUCUGGUAAGUCGAAGAAAGGUUUAUCUCCUUGUGCUAAUACCACCCAGAAGCAAUCAGUUGAAAUUUCUACACAUGACUGGAAGCAGUCAAAGAAGAGAGUCAUUCAUCAGGUGACCUUAAGUACUCCGCUAGUGUUGAACAACUACCUUCCAGAUGUAGUGUCACUGACCAUUGAGAGUGGUGGGGUUACUCGUACUGCAUUGCUUUCAGAGGUAGAAAGUUAUUUUCAUCAUGUUGAUCCUUCACAUGACCUGGGUCUGGAGUUCUCUGUGCAAGGAUUCAAAUCUUCAUCUUUGAAGUUUCCACGUACAGAAAUAUUCAGCACAAUGGCUAAGUUUAAUGGAAACAAGUUCUCUGUAACCGAGACCAUGACCUUCGAUCCUGAAUUACCUAAUGGUCCACUCUAUGUUGCCGUCGAAAAGAUGAUGAAUGCAUUCUCUGGUGCCCGAGAAAUCUUUAUUUGUGUUCCUUUUUUGUUAUACAAUUGCACUGGUGUUCCACUCAAUAUUUCAAAAUCUGCAGUAGAGAUGAACAGGAAUCACCACACUAUCCCGUCUUGUUACUGUUUUGAAGAUGAACUUCAAGACAAGAAAGAUGGUCUUAGUCUUUUAUCUUCUGACUGGGAUGCAUGUGCUAUAGCUCCACAGUUUGAUGACCUGGCUGUGGAGAAUCAUAUUGUCUUCUCCAGGAUGAAUGCUAACCUGCAAUAUGACUGCUCAAUGCGCAAGCCUGUUGUUUUAACUGGUGGUUCCUCAGGAUCUAUCUGCAGGCAAUCAGACAAGCAUGCUUUAGUUCCUGAAAAUAUGUGCUCAAACAGUGAAUCCACUUCAAGAGAUUCUGAUGUUGAUACCGAACGUGGAAAGGCUAAAGCCUGCAUGUAUUCUCCUUCUGCAAUUUCUUCCAUUGGUGAAUUUACGGUCAGAAUAAGAAGAUGCUUGCCUGAACAUGUUGCAGAAAAAGAAACAAAUUCUUCGUGGUCAGAACCAUUUCUUCUUGUUCCACCAAGUGGGUCAAUCACAGUUCAUGUACCUCGGUCAUCCCCCAAUGCUGCAUUUAUCAUAUCUGUAACUUCUAGUGCUCUUGGUGGACCAUUUGCUGGCAGGACACAAGCCAUCACUUUCCAGCCCAGAUAUGUAAUUAGCAAUGCAUGCAGUAGAGAUUUAUGUUAUAAGCAGAAAGGAACAGAGCUCUAUGUUCAUUUGCGCAUUGGACAGCAAUCUCAUCUUCACUGGACAGACACAAUGAGGGAUUUACUGGUUUCCAUUCGAUUUAAUGAACCCAGUUGGCAAUGGUCGGGCAGCUUCUUGCCAGAUCAUCUAGGUGAUACACAAGUAAAAAUGAGGAAUCAUAUUUCUGGGUCACUACAUAUGAUAAGGGUGGAAGUACAGAAUGCUGAUGUUUCUAAUACAGAUGAAAAGAUUGUCGGAAGCCUCCAUGGAAAUUCAGGGACAAAUUUGAUUCUCUUGUCAGAUGAUGACACAGGGUUUAUGCCAUACAGAAUUGAUAAUUUCUCUAAGGAGAGGUUACGGAUUUACCAGCAAAGGUGUGAAACAUUUGACACUGUUAUUCACCCGUACACUUCUUGCCCUUAUGCAUGGGAUGAACCCUUUUAUCCACAUCGUCUAACUGUUGAGGUGCCUGGAGAGCGUGUUAUUGGGCUCUAUGCUCUUGAUGAUUUAAGAGAGUACAAACCUGUACACUUAAAGUCAACUUCUGAGAAACCCGAAAGGACAUUGUUUUUGUCUACCCAUGCUGAGGGAGCAACUAAGGUGCUCAGCAUAAUCGAUUCGGGUUAUCAUAGUUUGAAAGAUUUGACAGACCCAAUUCCCUCUUGGUUUCACAUAGAAAGUAAUUAUAACCAGAAACCUGAGAAUUUUGUUGAUUACAAGGAGAAAAUUUCUCUUGCUAUUUCAUGCAUUGGUAUCUCCUUGAUUAACGCCUAUCCACAGGAAUUGCUUUUUGCAUGUGCAAAAGAUAUUUCUCUUACCCUGCUUCAGAGUCUGGAUCAACAAAAGCUUUGCUUUCAAAUCUCUUCACUGCAAAUAGAUAACCAGUUGCGAACAACACCUUAUCCUGUUAUCCUGUCCUUUAAUCCAGAAUACAGAAGUAAUAUAGCCAGCCAGAGAGCCAUGGAUGAUAUUGCAAACCUAAAAAGUGAAAGAUUAUUGCAAAUUUCCUCUGAUAGUUGCUGUGGACCCGUCGUUGACCUAGCCAUCGUGACAUGGAGGAAGAAAGAUAUUUCCUUGGUUUCAUUUGAGUAUAUAAGCUUAAGAGUGGCAAACUUUCGACUUGAGCUUGAGCAGGAACUUAUAUUAAGCUUGCUAGACUUCUUUAGAUCUGUCUCUUCAAGAUUCCAGAGCAGAGUCUUGCUAAAUUCAGAUCCCUCAUGCUAUCCUCUUAUAUACGAUUUGGGGUUUACACACACUCGGAUUUAUGAAUGUGUCAAAACAAGAGAAAAUCAUCUGCAUGAGACCAAUGUUCUUAUGUUUAAUAAGAGCCAGAUAAGAAGUUCAUCCCUACCUUCAGUGGUUCCAAUUGGAGCCCCUUGGCAACAAAUAUGUUUUUCAGCCAAAAGACAGAAAAAGAUCUACGUAGAAUUGUUUGAUUUGGCACCCAUCAAAUUCACCUUGAGCUUUUCUAGUGCCCCAUGGAUGGUUAGAAAUGGUUUUCUUACAUCAGAAGAAUCAAUUAUCCAUAGAGGUUUAAUGGCUCUUGCUGAUGUUGAGGGAGCUCGAAUUCAUCUUAAACAAUUGACAAUAGCACAUCAGAUGGCUAGUUGGGAAUCUAUGCAGGAUAUACUCACCAGGCAUUACACUCGUCAACUUCUUCAUGAAAUGUACAAGGUCUUUGCUUCUGCUGGUGUUAUAGGUAACCCCAUGGGAUUUGCUAGGAAUUUGGGACUUGGCAUCCGAGAUUUUUUAUCUGUUCCGGCCAGAAGCAUUAUGCAGAGCCCAACUGGAAUAAUUACAGGCAUGGCACAAGGCACCACUAGUCUUCUGAGUAACACAGUUUAUGCUUUAAGUGAUGCUGCCACCCAGUUCAGUAAAGCUGCACGCAAGGGUAUUGUUGCAUUUACAUUUGAUGACCAAUCGAGGAUGGAAAAACAACAAAAAGGUGUAUCUUUGCACAGUAAAGGUGUAAUAAACGAAGUAUUAGAGGGACUUACAGGUCUCCUUCAGUCACCAAUUAAAGAAGCUGAGAAGCAUGGUCUUCCUGGUGUCCUCUCAGGAAUAGCCUUAGGAGUUACAGGACUUGUGGCAAGACCAGCAGCUAGUAUUCUUGAGGUCACAGGAAAAACUGCAGAGAGUAUAAGAAACAGAAGUAAACUAUACCAAAUUGGAUCUCAACAAUAUAGGGUCCGGCUUCCUAGGCCUCUGAAUAGAGAACUUCCUCUGAGGCCUUACUCUCUGGAAGAGGCAGUAGGAACAUCAGUGCUUAUGGAGGUUGAUGAUGACCUGAAGCUAAAGGAUGAAGUGUUUAUGAUGUGCAAAUCACUUAAACAAGCUGGCAAGUUUGUUGUUAUCACAGAGAGACUUAUAAUGAUAGUUAGCUGUUCCAGUUUGGUAGACUUGGGGAAGCCUGAAUUUCAAGGUGUUCCAGCUGAUCCAGAGUGGGUUGUAGAAUCAGAAAUAGGUCUGGACAGUCUAAUCCAUGCAGAUAAAGUGGAGGAGGUGGUACACAUUGUUGGGAGCAGUUCAGAUGGCUUGCUUAGGCAGAAUCACCAUCAGUCCAAAAGAGGUGGAGGAACAAGGACAAAGCAUUGGAGUAGCCAUUCAACUCGCCUCCCACUUUUUCAGACCAAUUUGGAAUUGGCGUCCAAUAAAGAUGCAGAGGACUUGUUAGAGAUGUUGCUGUCUAUAAUUGAACUGGGUAAGGGACGGGGAUGGGGCAGUGCAUAUCUUCUACAUAAAAGCAAUAUUAUAUGGAAACAGGAGAAUCCUUCCCUGUUUUUUGGUGGGAAUCAGCUUUAGUAAUGCAAGUGCUUAUAUUCGUUGUAUAGUUUGACAUUUGCCAUUUUUGUUCAAACUUGAUACCAGCAGCAAAUAAUUCCUUGCAAAAUGCUGCGAAGGUCUUCAAUGAUAUUGACGGUUCGGAAAGAUCCCCCAACAUAGUGGAAGCGCCAAAUCUAUUCAUUUUUCUCUCA